AUGUACACAUCAAACAUCUGUUCAGUGCACAAUUGGAUCAUCUCGCCAAAUAAAUCAAAGAUUAAUUUCAUACAUGGUUGAUUUCGAAACCCAAAUCCCGACAGCAUAUGAUCCAUUUUCGGAGGCGAAAGAAGCAGGGUCCGCCGGAGCUAAAGAGUAUGUCCACAUACGCAUACAGCAGAGGAACGGAAAGAAGAGCUUGACAACUGUGCAAGGCCUGGGAAAGCAAUUCAGCUACGAAAAAAUCCUCAAAGAUCUCAAGAAAGAGUUCUGCUGCAACGGUAACGUUGUUCGCGACAAAGAUGUCGGAAAAGUGAUUCAGCUACAAGGCGAUCAGCGCAAAAACGUUUCCCAGUUUUUGCUCUCUGCUCGUAUUGUCAACAAGGAUCAGAUCAAGAUUCACGGUUUCUAAUUCACUUAAGGAAUCGUUAAUAAGUAAUUUAUUUAUUGGUAAACUUGUGUGAAUUGAUCAAUAAUCGUAAGCUUUUAGUUCGGAACUGUUAGUUUCGUGUUUACACAGUGUAAUGAAGCCAAUAUAUUGUAACGAGUAUGUGUACAUCCCUUUCUUGUGUAAUAAAUGAAUACAAAAAAAAAA